AUGGAUCUCAAAGUGAUCUGUGUGCUCUCCGUCAUCCUCACUGUAGCCCUCAGCACCUUAGCAGAGGGAAAGAUGAUGCCAAGUAAAUGCCAGUGUAAAGUGGCGCCCAAUGAGCGAACGAACUGUGGCUUCCCGGGAAUCUCAGAGUAUCAGUGCAAGCAAGCUGGGUGCUGCUUCAAUGAUGAAGUCCCUGGCACUCCCUGGUGCUUUGCUCCUAAAGCAAAGAAAGUUAAGAAAGUAUGUCCUGAUGAUCAUCACGCCAGGAUAAACUGCGGCUUCCCCGGCAUCACGGCUAAGGAGUGCGAAAAGAAGGGGUGCUGCUUCAAGGCACAUCCUGCCGGUGUCCCCUGGUGCUUCUACCACCGCGUGGUGGAGGAAGGAAAUUUGGCAUCUUAG